AUACUCGUAUGUACUUCCGGUUUUUCACGAGCAGACGAUGGAGAUAGGACGGUUUUUCCGUGUGGGAUGUUGAUUCUUUUUCAUCCGAAUACGUUUGUAAGGUGUAUCAUAUGAACCCACAUGUAGUCAUCCCAAGAAAAGAAUUAUAAGAUGGAACAACUUAAGUUUCGACAAGUAUGUAUAUUUGUCACCGGAUGGCUAUCAUAUGCAUCAACCUACCUGCUGAGGAAACCUCUUGGUGUGGUGAAGGCUGACAUGGAAAAGGUACUUGGAUAUGGCAAGACACAGUUGGGCUGGCUUGACACUGCUCUGCUUCUGCCAUAUGCAGUUAUGCAGAUGCUUCUUGGUCCACUGGGAGAUCGGUUUGGAGCAAGGAGAACUUUUGGUUUUUGCCUUAUCCUGUCGUCACUGUCAAUGAUCACUUUCGGCUACUGGAGCAGUUUCUCCAUGUUAUUCCUUCUCCUCUUCAUCAAUGGAUCAGCCCAGUCCCAAUGUUGGCCUAACUGCACUAAAGCCCUGCUGUCGUGGAUCCCUGACAACGUCAGAAAUGGUGUGUUUGGCAUGUUUGGGACAUGCGCCUUUGCUGGGGGCAUUCUUGGUACUUUGUUAGCUGUAUAUCUACAGACCCACUAUGGCUGGAGACACUGCUUUACGUUGCCAUCGAUGAUUGUGGCUGUCCUUGGCGUUGUUGUGCUGAUGUUAUUUGUCACGGCGGAAGAAGCAGGUGUCACUGUACCUGGGAAGGAACUGAAGACCAAUAGUGCAGACUCACCUGUAACUACUGAGAAACCGGGUCUUCUGCAACUGAUGAAGAUACCUGCUUUACCGGAAAUUGCUGUGACCAUGUUCUGUCUGAAGAUUGUGCGUUACUGUAUGUACAUGUGGCUGCCUAUGUAUCUCCUACAGCAUUUAAAAUAUUCUCCAAGUCUGGCUGGUGUUUGCUCAACAACAUUUGAAGUCGGUGGAGUCAUAGGAAGUGCCCUGUUAGGCGUCAUACUUGACAGAUAUUUUCCUGGGCGAUCUCUACACGGCACGUGGCUGUCCAUUCUUCUGUCUACAGUGUCGCUGAUUCUCUUCCUUUAUACAAGCUCAAUGGGGAAGGUUGUAAACUCCGUGUUCAUGUUCCUUGCAGGAGCAUUCAACGCAGGGCCAGACACCAUUUUAGGAGGUGCCAUACCACUGGAGUUGGGAGAGAGAGACAACCGUAAAGCAGGAGCAGCUACAGUCGGUCUUGUCAAUGGUUUCGGGAGUGUUGGAACCUGCAUAGAAGGACCAGUGAUAGGCCUGAUAUCAAGCAUGUAUGGCUGGGCGGGGAUGUUCUACCUGAUGAUUGGUCUGUCAGCUGCAGGAGUUGCUGCCAACUUCCGUGCUGCUCGCAUAUAUCACAGAGGCCAAGACACUGCAUCUGAAAAGAUGAUUGUUUAACAGGAACAUUUUUUAAAUAUUGUAUUUUUAACAUGAAUCUUUUACUGUAUUUAUUAGAUUAGACAUAAUGACGUGUGAACCAACAUACGGAUAUUAUUGUUAUUUUUUAUUUCCUUUAUAUGCUAGGGGCAUGGGUGGCCAAGUCGUCUAAGGCACCGCGAUUCGCUGUGCAGAGUAGCGUCCCUUGGGCAUGCCAGAAACCUUGUGGUUGUGGGU